UCGGCUGAAGUUUCUCCGCGCGGAAGUGAGGAGCGGCCCGGUUCACACCGUGAAGUAAAGUGUGUCGUUUCUCUUCGGCGGGUUUAUUUGGCCGUAUUUACGAGCCCUAACGGAGCCCUAACGGAGUCCUAACGGUAUGUCGCAGACUGAGCCGCGGAAAUGCGCGCCUCGUUGAGUAAAGCGCUGCGGUGGUUUUCUCGCGCGGUGUCGGGUUUGGAGGUGACCAGCGGGGUCGUGUUUACAGUCCUGGUCUCCUGCGUUCUCAGCCUCGGUACCGGUUACCUCAACAUUUCAGCGCAUUCGCUGAGCCUGGAGUCCAGCCUGGUGCUCAGCGGACACGUCCACAGACUCCUCACAUACAGCUUCUACCAUAAGGAUGUUGCACACCUCUUCCUCAGUAUCGUGGUGCUGGUGUUCUUCUGCAGCGGAUUAGAGAAAGGAAUCGGCACAGUGCGAUUUCUACACCAGUUACUCCUCCUUUCCACCUGUGUUGGCCUACUGCAUGUUCUCCUGGAGCUGCUCCUGUUUUCUCCGUCCUCCAGGAGCGCUGUUUCAGGCCUAAUCCCAGUUUCUCUUGCCGUGUUGGGCAUGGUGACCAUCAGCUCCCGCAUGCGGAAGGCACUCCUGCUGGGCGUUAAUGUGCCCACUGUGUCUCUGCCCUGGCUUCUCCUGCUUCUAGUCACGCUCUUCGUCCCAAACACUGUGCUCCUGUGCAAUGUUGUGGCUGUAGUUAUAGGAGAGAUGUAUGGCAUGGGGUGGUUUUCAGUGUUGGAGAUGUCCGAGUCCAAAGCUUGUGUGCUUGAGAAGAAAAUGCCUUUCAGGUUACUGAAGAAGAUAGCAGGUGUACAGUUUAUCCCUGCAUCUGCCGAGGAGCGAAAAAAGACCCUGCACACCAUAUGCAGCCCACCACCGGGAUCAUAUCCUGUUCAAGCCUACGCUCCAGCACCCAUGUCCACUCCUCAAGCUACAGGGAGCCCACCUAACAGUCUAGAUGGUUGGCCAUAUGCAACCUACACCCAACAGAACUACGCCGUGCCCUCACCGUACUCAGGGUAUGGCUUUGGGCACAGCUUUGGAUCCAGCCACGGGCAUGAUUGUGGACAUUCUCAUGGACAUUCUCAUGGACAUAGUCACCAGCAUCUGGCCUCCAGUUCAUGGACUCCAGCGGCUCCUCAUGCCCAUUCUCAUUUCAGCCCUCCUGUGAAUAUGGCUGGGCAGUUUUUUGGUAACCUGCCACAGGUAACUACUGAAGCAAUGACUCAAGCUCCUGUGUCAGAGUCUGUGCUGCCUCCUGUGCUGUCCAGUUAGGGCCUUUAAAACCUGACCAAUAGAAGCCUGAAGCACUGUUUCUCAACUCUGGUCCUGAGAACCCCCACCCUGCACAGUUUUCCCAGCUCCACACCCGAUCCAGCUUAUCAAGUUCAUUAUCAAUUAUCAGGCUCCAGGGUGUUGAAAGGGGGUGUUGGGAUGGAAUAAUUAAAAUCAAUGCCGGAGUGUGUAAUCGGGAGAGUCAGGAGAAUUCCAAGUGGGCCAUUAAUAAUGUAGUUACUUUUAUAACUUGCAUUUAUGAAGGUGCCUUGCUGUGACUGGCCCUCUCUGUCUCCUGUAAAGAUAAGAUAAGAAUGUAAACACAACCAAAUAUUUUCUUUGGAGGUAAUUUGUGGUAAUUUUGGGGGGUUAAAUCAGCAGAAAUCCCGACAGGAAUGUAUCUGGCAUUAUUUUAUCAUAUUAACUGCAAGGAUUAUGUCACAUGUAUCAUAAAAGCUUUUGCCAGUUUUCAUUUCAUCACUAGUUAUUUCAUUUAUAGCAAAUGAAUGAAAACAGCCUGAUUUUAUUUAACAUACUAAUUUGGACACCACACUAUUAGCUUUUACUCAGGUAGCUUUUCAAGCCACAAGGUAGCAAAGAAAAUACAUGUACAGGUUGGAGUGGGCUGGUCUGCAUCAUGUAACUCCUGGUACAAAAACAAAUCCCACUCCACCCUGGUUGAACAUGUAUAGGGCGCUGGGCCCCCAGGACUGGAGUUGAGAAUAACUGACCUAAACGGUUGUUGACUAAUUUUGUGUCCAAAUUCUGUGACCAGAAGGAAACCAGUAAUAUGAGACUGGAAAGCAAAUCUACAGCUACUUCUUCAGACUUCCUGAAUAUUUUUUCCUUAUUUUUUGAUCAUGUUGUUUUUAAACCAGGGUGUAUUUCACAAGACAGGAGUUAAUCAGACAGCUUAAGCCAAAAGUCAAGCCUUUCAAAUCAGAGAAAUUAUCCAGUUUACUGAGAAAUCUGUAAUCUGUAUUGCCUCAUUACCUCACCAGAAGAGUAGCUCUAACAACAAUGAAAACAUCUUGGCUAACUACUGUGCCUACAUUGAUAAUAUAGGUACUACACAUCAAUAUAAAGGUUAUGUAAAGUGUGUAUAUGUUUUAUUCAAUGGCCUAAAAAAUAUUGCUAUUUGUGUUUCUCAUAACAAAUUUUCUGGCAAAUAAAAUACUGCCAAACGGUA